AGAGGCACCGCGCAACCACUGGCGUCAUGUGAAUUGACGCGCCUUUGACCAAUCACCGCAUGUUAGGGGAGGGCCUUCGAAGACCACCUGGGCACGUUCUUAAAAGAAUCAGAAUUUCAAGGGGAAACCCCUGCGUGCGAGGAGUACGAGAAAUGGCUUAAAAGAACAAUAUAUUGGACCGGUGGCAAUGCGUGUGUUUGACUUUUUUAUUCGUCUGUUGUGAACACAAAUAACAAAAGGAUUUGUGCAAUUAAAAACAAGCAACAAGCAUUUUCCGUUUUUAUUUAGACAUCUCGCGAUUAAAAAGGUGUCAGAAUGGACCCGUUAUUAUAUUUGGGUGGGUUAGUCGUGUUGUUUUUAGUAUGGAUAAAAGUGAAGGGCUUAGAGUACGUGAUAGUACACCAGAGAUGGAUCUUCGUUUGCCUCUUUCUGCUGCCUUUAUCCGUCAUCUUUGAUGUGUACUAUUACCUGCGCGCGUGGAUGAUCUUCAAGAUGUGCUCAGCACCCAAGCAGCACGACCAGCGGGUCAGAGACAUUCAGAGACAGGUGCGAGAAUGGAGAAAAGAGGGAGGGAAGAAACAUAUGUGCACAGGUCGUCCUGGAUGGCUGACUGUGUCCCUCAGGGUGGGAAAAUACAAGAAGACGCACAAGAACAUCAUGAUUAACAUGAUGGACAUCCUGGAGGUGGACACAAAGCGACAGGUGGUGCGUGUGGAACCUUUAGCUAACAUGGGUCAGGUGACUGCUCUACUUAACUCUAUUGGCUGGACUUUGCCUGUGUUGCCUGAACUUGAUGACCUCACAGUAGGUGGGCUGGUUAUGGGAACAGGCAUUGAGUCUUCAUCUCAUAUCUAUGGCCUGUUCCAGCACAUUUGUGUGGCCUUUGAGCUGGUGUUGGCUGAUGGUAGUCUGGCCCGAUGUACUGAGAAAGAAAACCCUGACCUGUUCUAUGCGGUUCCUUGGUCCUGCGGUACUUUGGGGUUCCUGGUGGCUGCAGAGAUCCGGAUCAUUCCAGCUCAGAAAUGGGUGAAGCUACGCUAUGAACCUGUACGGGGCUUGGAUGCUAUCUGCAAGAAGUUUGCUGAGGAAUCAGCCAAUAAGGAGAACCAGUUUGUGGAGGGAUUGCAGUACUCUCGGGACGAGGCCGUGAUCAUGACUGGAACAAUGACUGAAGAUGCAGAGCCUGGCAAGACUAACUGUAUAGGUUACUAUUACAAGCCAUGGUUCUUCAAACAUGUGAAGGGGUUUCUCAAGGAGAACCGUGUUGCUGUGGAGUACAUUCCUCUCAGACAUUACUACCACAGACACACCCGCAGCAUCUUCUGGGAAUUGCAAGAUAUCAUUCCAUUUGGGAACAACCCGUUGUUCAGGUAUGUGUUCGGCUGGAUGGUUCCUCCUAAGAUCUCUCUGCUGAAGCUUACUCAGGGAGAGACCAUCCGCAAACUGUACGAGCAGCACCAUGUAGUGCAGGACAUGCUGGUCCCCAUGAAGCACAUUAAAACUGCCAUCAUACGCUUCCAUGAUGACAUACAGGUGUAUCCUCUGUGGCUGUGUCCCUUUCUUCUGCCCAACCAGCCGGGAAUGGUGCAUCCUAAAGGAGCUGAAGAUGAAUUGUACGUUGAUAUCGGAGCAUAUGGGGAACCCCAAGUCAAACACUUUGAGGCCAGCGCUUCCACACGCCAGCUGGAGAAGUUUGUCAGAGACGUUCAUGGAUUCCAGAUGCUUUACGCUGAUGUGUACAUGGAUCGACAGGAAUUCUGGGAGAUGUUCGACGGCACAUUAUAUCAUAAACUCAGACAGCAACUUGACUGUAAAGAUGCAUUUCCUGAAGUCUAUGACAAGAUCUGCAAGUCUGCAAGACACUGAAUUCAGCACAUCAGGGGGCAGUAAGCACAUAUCCAUCUGUACAGAUAACAAACCACAUAGAAGACAGCAAGUUGAGGAAGCUUUCUUCCAUUCAAACACAGCUGGAUGGAGCACAACUCCAAAUGCAGGGGUCUGAAGACGCAGGAUCCUGAAAUGCUGUGUUUAUGAUGUGAUGAAACCAAAGUGUAGACGUAUUCUUAGAAAAUACCUUUUUAUAAGUCUACCUUAGAAAGAUUGACAUAUUUAAUUGCAUAAUGAAUUGCUGUGGACCGUAGACCAAUAGGUUUAUGUUCAGUGAUAUGAAAAUUAACAAAAUAUUGCCUUCUAAAGCCACUUUUUUUUAUUGUUUAAUCAAUGAUUUGCUCGUCUGCCACAAUAAUGUAAUGUAUUUAGAGGAAUAUUCCGGGUUAAGUACAAGUUAAGCUUAAUUGAAAGCAAAAUUAUGCAUAAUGUUGAUUACCACAAAAAAGUUUUUUGAGUCACCCCUCCUUUUCUUUGCAAAACUCUUGUUUCCAGUGAGGCACCUACAAUGGAAGUGAAUGGGGCCAAUUUGAACAUUAAAAUACUUACUGUUUUUAAAUUAUAGCUACAAGACAUAAAUAAUAUGCUUGUUAACAUGAUUUAAGUGUGAUAAAAACAUGUACCUUUUCUGUGUAAAGUUAAAGCCAAUUUUGUUACCAUGACGAUGUAAUGUCAACAAACAUAAACUCUAAAAUAACUGUAAAAAUGACAAUUUUAACAACUUUACAGCUCAAAUAAAACAUGCGUUUUAACAGAAUAAUUUAUGCAAGUGCUUUUAUAAAAUUAUAAGCUUCACAUUUCUGCCUUUAAAUGCUGUCGAUUGAGCUUAACAUGUAUUGGACACAGAAUAUUCCUUUAAUUAGCUGUAUUUAUUAUACAGUAUAAAUUAUAGUAAUACUUAUUUAAAUGUGAUUAUUCUUGAAUGAGUCCAAUCAACAGUUAUUUGUUACCAAUAUUCGGGUUCAUUCAUCUCACUGGGUAUGAAAGUUCAAGUU